AUCUCGAGCCUACAAUUCGAUAUCCGCAGCGGAUGGAAUCCCUCUAUGAUGUUCUCAUGAUGAUGGCGGCGAAAGUAGAAACGAGCAGUCGACGACAUCAUGUCCGGACGGCAAGUCAUGUUCCCUUUCGUCGGCAAAACCCAACAGCCAAUAGGACGCACCCUAUUUGGUUUAGCAAAUAGCCGACAGCCGUCUAGCAAAGAGACAUCACACACAGCUCGGUAGCAUCUUGACACCGCAAACACCCACACAAUGGCGGCGCUACGCACAUCUUCCCGCCUGGCAAGGCAGAUAAGAGCUCCGCAGCUGCUCGCCGCUCGUCGUGCGUACGCCACCGAGGCGUCGACGACACAAGAGCCAGCUCCCAGCAAAGAUGCGAAGAUGAAGACGUUCAAGGUUUACCGCUGGAACCCGGACACGCCGAAUGAGAAGCCGCGUAUGCAGACGUACACGCUGGACCUGAACAAGACUGGGCCGAUGAUGCUGGAUGCACUGAUUCGCAUCAAGAACGAGCUCGAUCCGACGCUCACGUUCAGGCGAUCGUGUAGAGAGGGCAUCUGCGGAUCGUGUGCCAUGAACAUCGAUGGCGUGAACACGCUGGCAUGCCUGUGCAGGAUCCCAACCGACACGACCAAGGAGAGCCGGAUCUACCCACUGCCGCACACCUACGUUGUCAAGGACCUCGUGCCGGACAUGACGCAGUUCUACAAGCAGUACCGCUCGAUCAAACCGUACCUGCAGAGGGACACACCACCGCCUGAUGGCCGCGAGAACCGUCAGUCCAUUGCCGAACGCAAGAAGCUUGACGGCCUGUACGAGUGCAUCCUCUGCGCUUGCUGCUCGACCUCCUGCCCAUCGUACUGGUGGAACAGCGAGGAGUAUCUUGGCCCGGCCAUCCUUCUUCAGUCGUACCGCUGGCUGGCGGACAGUCGAGACGAGCGCAAGGAGCAGCGCAAGGCUGCUUUGGACAACAGCAUGAGCCUGUACCGCUGCCACACCAUCCUGAACUGUUCAAGGGUGUGCCCCAAGGGCCUGAACCCAGCCCUGGCCAUCGCCGAGAUCAAGAAGAGCAUGUCUUUUGCGUAGAUAAGAGAGGAAAGACUGCACAUCUGCUGAUAAAUGGCUUAGUUGGGCGAGAGAAGUGUGCGUGUGUAUGAUGAAAUUAUCUGAUGAGGCGGCGGCGGCUACUGCUGCGUGAACCUUACGCGUCUCUUUUUUUUGUAUGUAUCAAUGCAUCUGCCAAGUACAAAAUAGGUCAAUUUUUGCAUACACA